CUCCCGUCUUUGAGCUCAACAGCGUUGCGCAACCUGUCUGUCAAUGGAACGGCUGGAUCACUGAGCUAGCCGUUCCACUGGACCAGGCGCUAAGGCGCGGUGCAUGCUCCGAGCAGCGCAUUGUUGGAGCAGCGCGCUGCAUGCUCCGAGCGGCCACGCAUGGGCAUUCCAUGGAUGACCCGCCCCUCUGCAACUUUGGAAUGCUGGAGGGCGGCGUCGUUACAAUCGACGCUGGCUGCUCGCCUCUGUUCGACAACGAGAUGGCAAAGUCACGAUUCAACAAGAAUGUGAUGAAGAAAUUCUGGGCCAGAGCUGGGCUUGUCAUCGCGCCCGAGGAGCUGGCCAGAUACCAAGGCGCAUGGCAGAAUGCUUCGACGAUGGCCGAGGAGCUCUCGGACGAGGUGCUGGAGUGGGUCACGCGCAACUUUCUAUGGGGCAAUAUGUCAAGGCACGGGCUCCUCUCUGACGGCCUUGCCGGAUACCUCCCGGACGACGAGCGCUGCGCUGCUGAGGUCAAGUUGGAGCUGCUGAUCAGAUUGACAACCGGACGCCGCGAGAGAAUACGCAACGACUCCAGCAUCGACAUCCUGAGUGAAGAAGAACUCGAUCGCGCCUUGAAAGAUUGGAAAGGCGACUACGAGCAAUGGAUGCACCCCCAGACGCUGCGAGCGUGGCGGGCGGCAUCGGGGCAGCCAUGGCAUCCAAUGUUGCGGCGCGCGUUCACCCGCUGGGAGCUAGAGUUGGCCCUUUUCUUUCUC